AUGAAUUUAAAGUACAUAGUUUUCAUCUUAUUAAGCAUUGCUAAUUUCUACAAAACCAUUUUAUGCUAGAAGUGCCCUCUACUUUAAACUUAUCACAAUCCAGUUGUCAAUCUUGGGUUCGUUGUAAGAAAUUUCCUUAGGAUACCUAAGACAAAUAUUUUAGUAAUCAACACUCUUUAUAAUGAUUUAUAAGAUUCCAAUAUUGUUUAUUUUAACGAUUUAUCAUCUUCCUCAGGAGAAAUUAUCAACGUAGUAAAGCCUAAUUAUGUGAUCAUUGAUAUGCAGUAUAAUAUUUAUUUGGAAUUAAUUAUGGUAACGAACUAUUAUAGUCUUGUUUUUGCUGACCCAUACACUUUAAAAGCAGUCUAUUCUGUUCCUAUUCCUCAAUUACAAGGACUUUUCUUAAUUGAAGAGACAAAUUAUAUAAUCUUGACAAGAUUUUAUAACUAAUUGUAAAUUUAUGAUUUUAUGCAGCAAAAGCCAGUCCUUACAAUGGAUAAUUCGAAAACUCUAGAAAAAUCUCCCGAUGGUUCAAAAGCUUAUCAAUACUAGUCAAAAAUAUACACUUUAAAAAAUGGUUAAAAAAUAAUUUUAACAACUAAUGAUAUGGGUGUCAUAUAUUGGAUAAUCGAUGUUGAGAAUUUAACAUAUUAAUUUAUAGGAUAUAUAGAAUAAUCUAAGGUCAAAAAGUAAGGUGACAAAUUCAGAUAAUUCUAAAAGCACCCAACAAAGGAUAUCUUUUUUUUUGGUGGAUAGAACCUAGAAAUAAUUGUUGUAAAACUAAUAGAUAUUUAGACAAAUCAAUUCUAGACUCUUGAUACUAUGAGCUUAUACGAUAAUUAAUAUACAGAUCCUAUAACUAAUUUAUAUUAUACUUUAGUCUUAGGAGAUAAUGGGUAAUUAAAUCCAAUUCUUUGGGCUGGAGACAAUUACUAUGUUUAUAGCAUUACUUUAAAUGAAAGCGCUGAUGAUUCCUCUUUAAAAUUAGGAGGCUUUGAAAGCUAUGCAGUCGACACAAUGUAUAGAUGGUAUGUAAUAAAUGAAACAUCCAUGAUUUAUAUUUCAUCUGGAGAUUUUGUCACAAUAUUUAACUAUUAGACAAACGAAUUUACUAAAAAUUUAUAUUUUUAUGGAGAUCUUUUUUGCAGAAGAUAUAUGAGAUAAGUUGAAGGAAGUUAAGAUCAGUACAUCCUUUUAUCAGGUAAUUAGCUCCUUCUUUAUGAUAAAGGAAAUUUCGGUUCUCCUUCUUUAAGCUAAAAGAGCUAAUUUGAUGAGAAUGUAAGAUGGAGAUAUGGAAGCUUUUACUAAAUCAAAAAUUAAUUUGAUUAUUACUUUGUUAAAGUUGGAGCAGAUGAUGAAAAUAGCAAAAUUUAUGUUUUCCCUAUAUACCCUCUUGGGGAACGUGGCUCAGUUGUCGAUAUUACUGAUUUGUAUGGUUUAGAAUGGAUAAACAUAAACUCUUACUUAGACCCUUUUUACUUAGGUGAUACUUAUUGGGUUGCUUUCGCAUUUCCUUAAAAAUAAAAUACAGAGGAUUAUUUAUUCAUGUUGAUAGAUUGCACUUCUUCAAAUGAACGAUCAUACUAUCUAAAAUCUAAUAAAACUUCAGAUAGCUCAAUAUAAACUGCAUUUGCGGUUGCUUCUCUAGAUAACCCAAAUAAUCUAGAACUUAUAGGAGUUGAUAAUUAUGGAACAAUUUACGCUUGGGACUUAGGAUAAGAUGGUUUUCCUUUCAAAUUUUACAUAAAUUUUAGUAUUUGUUAGAAAUCAUAAAUUGGAGAUAUAUUCUAUUUCAACGAGACAGUAAGUAGAUUAAUCAUAUCUUGUAGUAACAGUAAUGUAUAUUCUAUUGAUUAUACUACUGGAAAAUUCCAAAAUUUAGUUUAACUAAGUUAACAACCUGCUGCUUUAAAGGCCUUUUCAAACCAUUAAUUAGUAGCAAUCGGAGAUUUCAAUACAGGAGUUGCAUACAUUUUCAAAUUUAAUCCAUAAACAUCUAAUUUUGAUUUAUUUUUGAAUGUAUAAUCUUCUAAGAUAUAAGAUUAGAUUAUUCAUAUCGAAAUCCUAAAAGAUAAUACUAUAUGGGUCUAAUUUACUUUUAGCAAUUUAUUUUACUCCUUAAAUGAUUGCUUAGAAGAUUCUAGCUUAUGUACUCAAUGUAAUCAAGAAUAUUAUUUUGAAGCAUCUGAAUAAUAUGAUUCAAAUGGUGUUUAUGGUGUUGGAUCUGUAGAUUAUCCCUUUACUACUUCAAAUAAUUUUCUAACAGCAAUGAUCAAAGCAUAAUACUACAAAUAAAUAGUGAGUGGUGUUUCAAAUAUGUUCGUUGAUAUUUUAGUUAAACCUCAUAGCAUUCUAGGUUUAAAUCCAAAGUUUAUGAAUUUCGAUUUCAAUAGCAUUAUUUCAUUAAACUUUAAAAGUUCAAUACCUGGAUAAUACGCCACUUUAUAGUACUAAAAUCUCUUAGAGUUUCAAAAUUAUAAUUAAGUAGGAUUUUAAGAUAUCAUUAUCUAUUUUGGAUUAGACAAUGAAAACAGUAAUUGUGGCCUUUAUUUUGCUAAUAUAGAAAAUAAUGUAUACAUCAAUAAUAUAUAGCUCUAUCUUUAUACUUAAACAAGUGCCCCUAAAAGUUGUUAGUCUAUUUACUCUGAUAGCAGUAUUUUAAAUGUAUUUAAUUAUUCAAUUUCUAAUGAAGAUUUCUCUAAUCAUAAAUCUAUUCUAACAUACUUUAAUGUUACAAAUAUAAAUUUUAAUAAUUUUUCAUUAACUGAUUGUAUUCUUGGCGACAGUUUUAGUAUAUUAACUUAAGAAUCUGAUCUCAAAGUACUUGCUUCAAAUAUUACUCUUUCUAAUAACAUCUGUUCUAGUAAUAGUGAUGAUCCAGAUAAUGAUGAAAAGAUAUCUGCCCUUUUCUCUUCAGGGAAUUUUAAUGUAAAUAAUAUGACAGUGAAUAACAAUACUUUUUGUAAGAAAAUAAUAUUUUCUUGUGUCUCCAGUCUAGAUUAGACGAAUUAAGUCUUUUCUUUUUAAGAUUUAAACGUUUAUGAUAAUUACUUUUAAGCAAAAACAGAGUAUUUAUUCUUUGAUGCUUUGUAUUCAAUGAGAGUCAAUCCAAAUCAUGAAUUACAUUUAGAUGUUAUAUAAUUCAAAAAUAAUUCUUUAUUAACAAAAAAUAAUAAUGAUUUGAUUGGAGCUUCAUACUUCUAAACAAUGAAAAUAGCUACAAUUUCAGCUUCAAAUACCAUGUUGAUUAAUCAUUUUGAUAUAAAAUUAGGAUUAUUUUAAAAUGCAAACAAUUUUACAAUAUCUUUUAAUGCAUUAAUGACGAUGAUUACUUAAUUAAAAUACCUAAUUAGUAGACAAACGGAUGUCUCUAGUUGA